GUCAGCAUGGAAGUGAAGGAUGCCAGUCCUGCGCUGCUCAGUAACUAUGAGGUGUUCCAGUUACUAACUCAUCUGAAAGAGCAGCGUAAAGAAAGUGGAAAGAAUAAACACAGCUCUGGGCAACAGAACUUGAAUACUAUCACCUAUGAAACAUUAAAAUACAUACCAAAAACACCAUGCAAGCGCCAGAGUCCUGAGAUUGCCAGAGAAUUUCUCACAGCAAUGAAAAGCCACAAGUUGACCAAAGCUGAAAAACUUCAGCUGCUGAAUCAUAGGCCUGUGACUGCUGCUGAGAUCCAGCUGAUGGUGGAAGAGAGUGAGGAACGGCUCACAGAGGAGCAGACCGAAGCGCUCCUCCGCACUGUCACAAGCGUCCUGCCUACAGGCCCAGCCGCUGAGCAGAGGAAAAACGCCAACUAUGACGGGACAAUGGACCAAGAGGACCCAGAGGAGAAGAGCGCAGCUGGCCCAUGCAUCUCAGGACUUUGA